AUGGUUCAGCUGCUACAUCGACUGCGCAUUCCUGUCUCUUCUCUAGAAAAACAAAUGGUAGAAAAUGCUCAAUUCUCCUUGUCGUCAGCGUCAAUAAAUCGCGCUAAGAUGUAUCAUGAGUCUUGGGCUCGUCAAUUAAAAAAGGUAGACGUCGACUCCGCGCUGUGGGAUAUUACAGCUAUGGAGGCACGUUACUGCAUUCAGUAA